GGUGGGGGGUGCCCGGGCGGGACAGGGAAGAAGAAGAGGAGGAGGCGAGGGCGAGGGUGAGGGCGGCAUGGCGAGCAUGGGGUCGGAGAUCGUGGCCUUCAUGUUGGCCGUGUCGGGCUGGGUGCUGGUCUCGUCCACGCUGCCCACCGACUACUGGAAGGUGUCCACCAUCGACGGCACGGUCAUCACCACCGCCACAUACUGGGCCAACCUGUGGAAGACCUGCGUGACCGACUCCACCGGGGUCUCCAACUGCAAGGACUUCCCCUCCAUGCUGGCGCUGGACGGUUACAUCCAGGCAUGUAGAGGACUCAUGAUUGCUGCUGUCUGCCUGGGCUUUUUUGGUUCCAUAUUUGCAUUGUUUGGAAUGAAGUGUACGAAGGUUGGAGGCUCAGAGAAGUCUAAGGCUAAAAUUGCAGGCUUGGCUGGAAUUGUAUUCAUUCUUUCAGGGUUGUGCUCAAUGACGGGCUGCUCUCUGUAUGCAAACAGAAUCACAAGUGAAUUCUUCAACCCGCUUAAUUAUGAACAAAAAUAUGAAUUAGGAGCUGCCUUGUUCAUUGGAUGGGCUGGAGCAUCACUAUGCAUAAUUGGUGGCAUCAUAUUUUGCUUCUCAAUAUCUGAAGGCAAUAAAAGCCCCAGGUAUGGAAAUAGAAUGGGAUAUGCAUACAAUGGGGCCACAUCCGUUUUGUCUUCUCGGACAAAGUUCCACGGUGGAGAAGGAGAUUUUAAGACCACAAGUCCUCCGAAACAAUUUGAUAAAAAUGCUUAUGUCUAACAGCACUGCUACAAAAAUUGGAGUUUUUCAUUAAAUGUGAAUGGUUCACAGAAUGAUUUCCAGCAAAGCUCCAUUGUAAUUAUUACUGAUACCUUUUAAAAAUAUGAACUUGCAAUGUGUGUUGAUUUUGUGGAUGUAAAUUUUCUUAUAUGGUUAAAUACACUAAUCAUUUUAUGCUAUGGCUUUCUAUAAAAAUAAACAGGCUAUUUACAGUUACUUUAA